CGCCUGCGCCGGCGCCGGCGGCGGAGCUCGGGGCCGUGGCGGCGCGUGCCGGGGAUGCUAGGCGGCUCCCUCGGCGCCGGGCUGUUGCGAGGUGUGGGUGGGCGCCGCGGGCAGGUCGGGGCGCGCGGGUUCCGCGCGGGGGGCGCAGCCAUGGCGGCAGGGGAGAGCAUGGCCCAGCGGAUGGUCUGGGUGGACCUGGAGAUGACAGGAUUGGACAUUGAGAAGGACCAGAUUAUUGAGAUGGCCUGCUUGAUCACAGAUUCUGAUCUCAACAUCCUGGCCGAGGGCCCUAACCUGAUUAUUAAACAGCCAGAUGAGUUACUGGACAGCAUGUCAGAUUGGUGUAAGGAGCAUCAUGGGAAGUCUGGUCUAACCAAGGCAGUGAAGGAGAGCACAAUGACACUGCAGCAGGCAGAGUAUGAAUUUCUGUCCUUUGUCCGACAGCAGACUCCUCCGGGGCUCUGUCCACUUGCAGGAAAUUCAGUUCAUGCAGAUAAGAAGUUUCUUGACAAAUACAUGCCCCAGUUCAUGAAACAUCUUCAUUAUAGAAUAAUUGAUGUGAGCACUGUUAAAGAACUGUGCAGACGCUGGUAUCCAGAAGAAUAUGAAUUUGCACCAAAGAAGGCUGCUUCUCACAGGGCGCUCGAUGACAUUAGUGAAAGCAUCAAAGAGCUUCAGUUUUACCGAAAUAACAUCUUCAAGAAAAAAACAGACGAGAAGAAGAGGAAAAUCAUAGAGAAUGGGGAAAAUGAGAAGACAGUGAGUUGAUGCCAGUUCUCACGCCGAGGCCGCAGAGUUCUCUGGGAGCGACUUCCGGUGGUAUUGGUUUUCCCUCUUUCGUUCACGCUGAUUGCUUGGCUGACCGCCUCUCAGUUAACUCGAGUCUCUAGGUUACUCGAGCAGACGGCACCUGAAAUAGUAUUUUUCUCCUAACAUGCUGUUCUCGUUUCUGACACAGCGCUCCUUUGUAAGUACCAGGCCACGUUCACCCCUUGGUACAUAACCUGCAUUUGCUUUUAGACUUUCUUUUGUUUAAAAAAAAAAUUAUUAAUAAUAAAGCUAGUUCUAUUGAAAUGCAAA